CGAUAUGAUGAUAGUUUCGCUGUCAAAAUGUGUUUGGAUUAUAAAUAAGUGUUUGAAAAGAGGCGAAAAAGGCGCAAUUGCGGUCUAAAUUCGUGCCCGCAGAUGAAUUAGUAAGCCACGAUGCCGUUCAAGCUGAAACUGAAGAAGUCGAGACACUACAGUGUCGUCUCGAAGUCACUGUUUGUUAUUUCAGUGGAGUUACUCGAUGGGACCAACAUUGAAUGCACCCUAUCAUCUGAGAGCACAGGCAAAGACUGUUUAGAUGUUGUGUGCCAAAAGCUAAGUCUGAACCAGCCGAUAUUCUUUGGGCUGCAGUACAUGAGCAAAGUGAGGGAGAACCUGUGCUGGCUGGAAUUGGACAGGCCGAUAAAGAGGCAGCUCGAUAAGUAUGCAAGAACCCUAUGUGUUUACUUGAGGGUGAAGUACUAUGUCAUAUCCGGAGUGAGGCUCUUCAAUGAUGAAGUCACUAGGAAUCAUUAUUUUUUGCAAUUGAAGAUGGAUGUGAUCGAGGGACGAAUUUCGUGCACAGAAGCGCAGGCUGUUGAACUGGCUAGCUAUUGCAUGCAGGCGGAAUUCGGAAAUUUCGACGCUGAGCGACACACCGCUCAUUAUUUAAAGGACUUUCAGCUUUUUCCCAAAUGUAUUACUGAUCCCAGAUUUCUGGAGUCUUUGACUGAUGCUGCAAGCUCCCAACAUGCCGGUCUGCAUAACAUGCCCCAAGGGACUGCAGAGGAGUAUUACAUUUGCGCCUGCCAGAGGCUGGAUGGCUAUGGACAAGAAACCUAUGCAGUCACAAAUAAGGCUGGAGAUGAGGCUUUGGUCAGUGUUUCCUUGACUGGAGUUGUAGUGGUUUUUACAAAUGGAAAAGAAGGAAAAACUUACAGUUGGGCAAAUAUCAGCAAUGUUAUUAAUCACAAGAGAGAUUUCACGAUCGAAUCUUUGGCUGGAAUGGACAAGGCUGAGUUUAGUUUCCCGGAUGUAGAAAGCGCGCGGAACGCCUGGAGGUUCUGCGUGCUGCAGCACAUGUUCUUCAGGCAGUACGAGAGCAACGUGGAAUCGUCUGAAAAAGCGAUGCCGAACUUCCAAGCAGUUGAGAACAAGAUGAGACAGAUGGACAGCUACGAGGAUAUCACAGGAUUGGACCACCAAUCGAGCAUGCACCUGACGCAACGAGCCCAAUCCACGUCCUGUCUGGAUCUGAACACGCCCACCGAUAUCGAUAAACUUCGCAGCUUACUACCCUCCUACAGACCCGCCCCCGACUACGAAACGGCUGUGCAACAGAAGUACAGGAAUUCUGCCGGUGCCAUCCAAAGUCAGCAGCCGCUGAGAAACACGCAUUUGCUGUACAGUUCGCAACCGGAAAUCCACCAGACGGAGGGUUACGCUAAUCUUCGUUACCCCGACGUGACGCACAACAACAUCGAGCAGAAGAUGUUCAGCACGAAUUACACGCAAUCGCAGAUACUUUCAUCAGGUGAAAACAGAAACUUACAAAACUUGGCGGAGAAAAUGCAAUUCCUGCAGCUGGCCAAACCGCCUCCUCCUUAUCCUAGUAAUCGAAUGAGUUCGAACUCGACGCCGGAUUUGGCUGGAAUGUCUCAACUGGCUAAACCACAAGCCACGUUCAUCCACAGCAACGUGUCGGGUUCAAGUCCGGAUUUGGUUUCCAGCGGGAAUUUCUUAAAUCAACACUACAUCAAGUACGGGCCGAUGUACACCAACCAGGUGCACAGGUCGCAGAGCUAUUUACCGCCGCAGCAUGGAACUUACGAGAAUCUAGCAUCUAUUUUCAAUAAUAACAUGGUUAGCGGUCGUCCUCAGGCUUUGAUUGUGGAAGAUCCCAACAUUACGAAGCAUAUUAAGAAAGUAUACGACGAGCACGGUAACAUAAUUUACUGCAUGCCCGCAAACAUGAAGCAAAUCCUAGAGGAUAAUCAAAUAUCGAGCACCGGUUUCGUGGUGACUAGAAACCAAAUCCACUCGCCCGAUUUAAACAAUUCCACGGAACCGAUCUACGAGAAUAUUCCUUUACCGUGGCAGAACGAGGGUCAGAUGAGGGCGCGUACUCAAAGUAUCCAAUCCGCCCCGGAGGUCAGCCAGGUCAUCAACCAUGCUGUGGUCAAUGCGAUCAUGCAGAACAAGGAGAGUUUGUAUGCGAACGUGGUGGAUAAUAACCACAAAACUUCAUCCAAAACGGAUUUGAAUGGGAGCGCGCAAUCGACGGAACAACCGGAGAUCAAAUUUGAGCAGAGCAGUCCGCAACAACCGGACUCUCCGAAUCAGAUGAGCCGGACCAGCACGUUCAUAAUCAACAAGAACUCUUCCUCGUUGAAUUCUUCGACAUCGAGCCACGCGUUCAAUGACUCUGGAAACAUCAGCAACGAGACCUUCGCCACAGAUGCAAGUUCCACCUCGGGUGGCAAAAAGAAACGACGAUGGGCGAUUCUUUUAGGCCGCACCAAAUCUAACGAGAAGAUCAAAAGCGCGACGCUAGGAAGGGAGAAGGAGAAGAACAAGGAUAAAAAGAAUCAAGGCAACAACAGACAUCGCUGGUCCACUGGUUUACCCAGGUACAAUCCUUUGCCGCCUUCAAUCAGUAAAGAAGCUAUGUGCCAAUUGCUGGAGAACAAAUUGGCGGAUAGCCAGCUGUUUUUCGAAUUUGACAAAAUUCCAAAGAAGAAACAGAACUCCGAGUUUACGACGGCCUCGAUGCCCGAGAACAGUGCCCUUAAUAGGUUUAAGGACGUGCUUCCGUAUGAGGACAAUCGACUGAGGCUGACUCCGUCCAGGGAGAACAAAUACGGCUACAUCAACGCUUCGCAUAUCACCGCGACGGUCGGCAGCAAACAAAGAUUCUAUAUAGCAGCUCAAGGCCCGACGAGGCAAACGCUUCCGCAUUUCUGGCAGUGCGUUUGGGAGGCGGAAGUCUAUCUUGUAGUUCAACUCACCGAUCCCACCGAAGAUCCUAACUAUUUACCAGACGCUAGAGAAAGGUCUAUAGACGUAGGACAAGAUUUCCAAGUUCUGUGGGAGUUUUCGCAAAAGACAGGCCACUGCAUAACAAGCAAAGUGAGGCUGUGCCACGUGUCUUCCAGAAGGUACAGAACCAUAUGGCAUCUGCACUACACGGACUGGGGAGAGCAAGGAUGCCCGCAUUCUGUAGCGCAUUUCCUCGGUUUUCUAGAGGAGCUGCAGUCCGUGCAGCAGCAUUUAAUGGUGGAAAUCCCGCCAGGACAUAACAAGAACCCUCCCGUCUUCGUCCACUGCACAGCUGGCGUCGGUCGCACAGGAUUAACAGUCCUGUGCGAUUUACUCCUGUACACGGUCGAUCACAAUCAAGAAGUCGAUAUACCGAGGGUUGUAGGAUUGUUGAGGCACCAGCGACCGUUCAUGGUACAAACGAUAGCCCAGUACAGGUUCGUCUACUCGCUGCUCAUCCACUAUCUCAAGCAGACUCGACUAAUCUGAAGAAUUAAAGCAACCCGUGCCAUCUUUCCGUCUUAUUAUUUUUAUUUCAAGUUUGUUUUUUUUAAAUUUUUGUUUAUUAAUUACUUUUAUUCUGCA